AUGAUUCGAAUACGUAUUCUUAAGUUUCGGUGGUUUUGUAUAGUGGCUGGGGCCGCUGUUGGUUUGAGUUUAUUAGCCGAUGCUUCCAGCACAACAUCUGUAUCUUCGAUACCUUUCCGUAUCAAUUUCUCCUCCAAAGGAAGAUUUCAGGAUCGAGACUCUCUUGCUUUUAUCACCAAAGAUUUCAAUUCAAUACUUUUGAGGGGAGGAUCUGAUAGUGAAAUGGAAGACUAUGACAACGAGUAUGAUGACGAGUCUGAUACUGAGGAGACAACUGUUGAUGAAGCAUCGUCGGACUUGGUUGGCAUUGCAGUAAGCAUGUCGAAGAAUACUCUGAGUUCUGUUGGAUCAAUAGUUACAAAGUUGGCCACACAGUCAAUAAAUGCGAUACGUCGUGCUAUCAAGGCCGGUCUUGACACCGAUCAUGCGGACGAAUCUGAAGAUCAAGGGUUGGUUUCCAAGCUUCUCAACGUUGCACUGCGCAUGAUGAAAGCUGCUUUCAUUUUUGAUGAAAGCGUCGAUGGCCUUUCAGAAAAUGAAUCAGACGGAGAAGUAGAAGGAGGAUCAGAAGAUGAGCACGAGUACGUCAUCAAAAGGGAAGUUGAUUUUGGAUCUGUUCUUUCAAAGGCGUACGGAGUGGAAGACAAUCGUGGAGAGGACGGCCCUGUCAUAUUGAAUGGCAGUCUAGCAAGCGCACUGGAAACUGCAAGAUCGCAAGCGCGAAUGCUUGUGAUCUUUCUCCCUGUCCGAAAACCGUCCAAGGGAAAGAAGACGAAGGAUAACAUUGCAAUUGAAAGUAUCUUGAGCUCGGAAGUCGCCCGAGCUGCAAACAAGCGAGCUAGCAAAAAUGGUGGAGAAACUGGAUCCUUUCUAUUCUGGGCAGCUAGUGCAGGAUCGCCUGAAUCUGCUUCUGCAAUGAAAAGGUUGAAAGGAAAACUUACUUCUCAAAAAGGAGAAAGACGACCUGUGCUUGCUGUUGCAUACCCACUGCUGUCAGUAGCCAGUGGCAAUACAAAAAUUGCCCCGAAAAUUCUUGCACAGCAUCAUUGCAGCCCACCUCCAGCAGAAUCUGUGAUGGCAUCAUGGUUGGGCUCACUUCGCAAGCGGCAUGGCAAACUGUACGCAACAAUGGAAAAAGCUUUGAAGGAAGCCAAGUACUACAAGGAACGAACGGAGGGGUAUUCAGAGAGUGUAAAGAGCGACAACGAACGAAAGAAACGGGAGAAAGAGGAAGAAGCACUAAGGGCAGCAAAGGAAAAGGCAGAGAAAGAGCGGCAGGAGGCCUUGACAGCUCGCCGAGUUGAGCUUAGAGAAUCGUUACCCGAAGAAGACACAAGCAAAGAUGCCAAAAAGGUUGCCCUUCGGUUUCAAGAUGGCCAAUCAGGCCAGCGACAAUUCUCCCCGGAUUCACUUGUUUCCGACCUUUUCAACUGGGUUGACGCCAUCUUUGAGAUGGAGCGUGAGAAGGUCGUGCUGACAUCGAUGAAUGGAAAGAUUACUCUCAAAUGGGAUGUAGAAGCAAAUGAUAGGCUGCUCGAAGACGUUGGUCUAGGAAGGAAUACUGGAUUCCGAGUGUCGGAAGCACAAGAGGAAGCGGGGGAGGAAAGGGAAGAAGAAAACUAG